AUGUCCUCCUUCGUGGGAUCCCCCAGAAACCAGAGCGUCGCCUCUCCAAGGUUCCUCCUCACAGGCAUCCCAGGAUGGGAGUCCAGAGGAGCUUGGCUCUCCAUCCCAUUCUGCCUUUUGUAUGCCGUCGCCCUGGUGGGAAACAGCGCUGUCAUCCUUGUGGUCGUGAAGGACCAGAGCCUGCACAAGCCCAUGUACCUUUUCCUCUCCAUGCUGGCAGUCAGUGAGCUGGGGGUGUCCCUCUCCACCCUUCCGACAGUGCUGAGUGUCUUCCUCUUCUCUGCCAGGGAAAUAGGGAUGGACUCCUGCUUCACCCAGAUGUUCUUCAUCCACUGCUUCUCCAUCAUGGACUCAGGAGUCCUGUGGGCCAUGGCCCUUGACCGCUUCAUAGCCAUCUACAACCCACUCCAAUAUGCCACCAUCCUGACCAGCUCUAGGAUCGUCAUGAUUGGCUUAGGGAUCGCGGUGAAGAGUGUCACUCUCCUCCUCCCUCUGCCAGUUCUCUUGAGGCGGCUGCCCUUCUGCAGGCCCAAUGUGCUCGCCCACCCCUACUGUUUGCACCCCAAUCUCAUCCAGCUUCCAUGUGCAGACACCAGAGUCAACAGCCUCUAUGGCUUGUUUGUCUUGCUCUGCACUUUUGGGCUUGAUUCCUUGUUUAUCAUCUUGUCCUACACAAUGAUCGUCAAGACGGUGCUGAGCAUUGCCUCCAAGGAAGGGCGCCUCAAGGCCCUCAACACCUGCGUCUGCCACAUCUGUGCCGUUGUGGUCUAUUACACCCCAAUGAUUGGCCUGUCUAUGGUGUACAGGUUCGGCAAACACGCUUCCCCCGUGUUGCACUCCCUCAUGGCCAACAUCUACCUCCUGGUACCUCCGGUCCUGAAUCCGAUCAUCUAUAGCAUCAAAACCAAGGAGAUUUUCAAGGCCUUUGGGAGGGUCUUCUGUCCAAAGAAGUUCUGA